ACUAGAUCAAAAGCAAUUCCAAAAUGCUCUCCUUUCUCAUCCCAGUUGUACAGCUUUUUCAGGUGGUUAUCGCUGCCAUAGCAUCUGUAGUCUUCUUAGUGUUCGCCGGUAUAAGCCUCGGCGGCUCAGUCGUAGGACUAAUCAUAGCCACACCUCUUUUUGUCAUCUUCAGUCCGAUUCUCGUACCAGCCACUAUAACCACUACUCUCGUAGUCGGCGGGGUUGUGGGCGCCGCCGCCCUCGUAGUGACGGCAUUUGCUCUCGUAUUUUGGCUAUUUAAAUAUAGGAUUGGAGUAAAACCAAAGAACAAUCCACCUCCUAAGGGAGCUCCAACCAAAGCAGAUAUACCAGGAGCAACGUCAGGAGAUAUUGCAGGGGGAGCGUCGGGGAAGAAAUCCGGAGGAGCGUCGGGAGGAACGUCGGGAGGAGCAUCGGGGAAGAAAUCCGGUGGAGCAUCGGGAGGAACGUCGGGAGGAGCAUCGGGGAAGAAAUCCGGAGGAGCGUUGGGGAAGAAAUCCGGAGGAGCGUCGGGAGGAACGUUGGGAGGAGCAUCGGGGAAGAAAUCCGGUGGAGCAUCGGGAGGAACGUCGGGAGGAGCAUCGGGGAAGAAAUCCGGAGGAGCGUUGGGGAAGAAAUCCGUAGGAGUGUCGGGGAAUAAACCCGGAGGAGGGAAGGGGGAUAAGCUCGGAGGAGCGCCCGAGGAUAAACACAGUGGAGCGAAGGGAGAUAAAAACGGAGGAGCCAAGGGGGAUAAGCUCGGAGGAGUCGGAGGUAAACACGGUGGAGCGAAGGAGGAUAAAUCCGGAGGAGCAAAGGGGAGUAAACACGGAGGAUUGAAAGGGGAUAAACCCGUUGGAGCCAAGGGAGAUAAGCUCGGAGGAGCCAAGGGGGAUAAGCUUGGAGGAGCAAAAGGGGAUAAACUCGGGGGAAUGCAGGGGAGUAAACCCGUUGGAGCCAAGGGGGAUAAACUCGGAGGAGCAAAAGGGGAUAAACCAGCUGGAGGAGCGUCGGGAGGUAAAACGGGGGGAGGGACUGGAAAAAAACCGCCGGCUUGUUCGUAAGGAUGAUAUGUAGCAAACUGAAACUUAAUUAUUGGGUUUCAUAAAUUAAACCUAAUGUAGCUAUCCUAUUACAUGUCUCAAAUAUCAUUUGUAUUAAUGUGUACUAUAAAACACUGCACGCAUUUUUCAUUAUAAAUUUGUUUAAAUGAAGUAAU